UUCCGGAUGAUUACUCCUCUUUGCUAAGAAGUGAGAGAGACUGCAUGGUAAAAUCGAGAGCCGAGCUGUUUGCCGAGAUCAAUGUUACUCCACCAGCAAAGGACAGUGACAAUGAGUCAGUUGAAGGGAAAGAAGAUACGCCGGAAAGAGAAACGAAAGUUGGUGAAAAGGAAGAGCAACUUCAGGCAGAAAAGCCCCCCAAAAAGAAAAGAAAAACAAAGAAAAAGGAUGACGCUAAUAAAGAAAAUCGGCCUGCAGUCAAGGAUAAAUUGGUGAGUAUAUUUUUACUGUGCAUCAGUCUGACUCAUUGCAGUCUAACAAGAGAAACCUCGCCACGAAGGGAAAACUUGGAUAGUUUAUUAAUGCGAAAUUUGAUCAGACCAUAUUCAGAGGCGGAUCUGGCCUGUUUUGUUAGAGGGGGUGAAGGUUUUCCAGAGGGAAGUUCAUUACUAUACGAGGGUCAGGAGGCAUUUUCUCUCAGAAAAUGUUUCAAUUUGAAGAUCUAAAGUGCCACUUCAGUUCUGAGCACAACAUUUAUUUCCUCAAUAUAUUCAAAGGGGUAUUGGACACUACUAGAAGGGGGGGGGGCACACCCCCUGCACCUGGCCCACUCUGUGAACAUUCCCAGUGGAAAAAUAUUUGUUAUUAUUUAGAAAUUCUGAAUCCAUUAUUAUAUAGGCUACAGUAAUUGGUGUUGGGAAGGCUCCUCGACUGCCACUCUCCCCAGUAGGAAAUAUACCAUUGCCUACGACUGCAAGUACACCUGCAAUGGAAGAAAAUCUCCAUCCGACAAUACCAUCUACACCAAAUGCCAGCAACAAUCUACCAGGUCGAGUAAAUACUAUUAGCGAAGAUCUGGCUCCUUUAACGACGACACCAAAUUUCAGCAACACUCUCUGUGGUGUACAAAAUAUCGCUCAUGGUGGGAUAACCAACACUAGCCAAGAUAUGAUAGUCCCUUCGACACCAGAUGUCAGCAACUGCACUCUUCUUGAUUUGGACAGUAUUGUUAGCGAAGAUCUGGCUCCUUUGGGAUAA